AUGUUCGGUCGUCGAGAGAUAGACUGGCAUCCCCGAGCAGCAACAAUGACAAACAACUGUUCAUUUGAAGGUGUGGAUCAAUUGAUGACAUAUUUGGAGCUGGUCUUUUACAUCCCCAUUUUCAUUUUCGGGUUGAUUCUAAAUGUUGUGGCUCUUUUUGUGUUCUGCAUCGUUCUGCGGAAAUGGGCCGAGUCAACUAUUUACAUGACCAGCCUGGCUCUGAUGGACCUGCUCCUUCUCUUCCCUCUUCCCUUCAAAAUUCAUGCCACAAACCACCGCUGGCCUGCAAACCUUUAUCCCCUCUGUUCAGUUUUGGAAAUUCUGUAUUUUGUUGGGAUAUACGGCAGCAUCUACACCAUCAUGUGUAUAGCUGUGGACCGGUGGGUGGCUAUCUGUCAUCCGUUCAAAGCCAAGCAACUGCGUUCGCCCAGAGCCGCCCUGGGGACCUGCAUUGGGGUUUGGAUGCUGGUGCUGGCCGUGAUCUCUCCCACCAUUUAUCGCUUUAGGGAGGCUGGGCAGGCAGACUUCCACUGCUUCCACCAGUUUUCAGAGAACGGCUGGAGCCCCUCAGUGAUCAUCAGUCUGCAGGUAUUUGGGUUCCUGCUGCCGGCUCUGGUGGUGGUUAACUGUUCAGUUCAGACCAUUUGGGCUCUAAAGAAGUCUGGAAAGCAGAGCCCAAAAAGUCAGGCCUGUGUGAAGAUCAUCUACAGCAGCCUGAGUGCCUUUCUGCUGCCCUUCACCCCAAGCCAUCUGGCCAUCCUCCUCCAGUUCCUGGUGCACCAAGGAGUGAUCGAGGACUGUGAAAACAAGAUCAGGAUCAGCCUCUUCAUACAGACAGCCAUGUGCCUGUCCAACAUCACCUGCUGUCUGGACGCUCUGUGCUACUACUUCAUCGCUCAUGAGGUAAGGAGCACCAAACACCCCUUCAGGCUGCCGAUGAUCAGCCAAAGAAGAGCCACCUUCAGCACCUCAGAGGUCUGAACCCCAGACAAUGACAGUUCAAGAGAAACAAAAAUCGUCUCCAGAGGACUGAUGAAAAAAAAGAGCAUGUAUUGUUGUGUAAAUGAGUUUUUUUACUUAAAAUAAAGGAUGGAAAGAAGCAGGUCGGCGGGCAACCUUAAUGAACCACAAUACUGAGAGUUACACAGAAAUGCAGUUCAGGGGCGAGGUCAAACGAGCACGGAGACAGGAUUUGGUCUAGUGACAGGAAGCCAGUUGUAGCUCUAACACCAGAAGGCUGUAGGUCGUAGGUCGUGAAAAGAAAUCUACCAACAAGCAACCGUGCAUCUUAUGUUCAAAGUGAUUUAAGGACGAGAUUGUUCAAAGCCCAUUCAACCCAACACACAGACGUUGAACUGAUACAGGCUCACACCCAUCUCAUUGCAGAGCUUUGUUGUCCACUGUGUGUGCUUUUAGAAGCCAAAGACAUGUAGCAGGCAUUAAUAAAAAGACAACAACAUUUAAGAUCAGGGCAGACACCUUAUGGAUGAAUUAAACUGGAAAGAUACAACAGCUGAAUUGAGAAACGUCUACAAAAUCUAAGAAGUACGUAAUUUAUGUAUACAUAUCCUGAUAUAAUAACAUUCAUAUUUAUAUAGAAAGCUCAACUUGAAACAUGAAUAGUUCAAUAUAAGCAAAUUAAGUCAGUUUGAACAUUUGAUCAAUUAAAGCAUUUAGUUCAAUAUUUGUAGAAAUCCGGAUAUGUAAGUCUCGUUAAGAAUCACAUGUGAGUUUGCAACACAGGAACAUUAUCAAUUAUUAUCAAAAAAAUAUUAUCUUAUAUCUUAAUGAAGAAAAUACAUUUUUAGGAAGUAAAAAAAAUAUGCUUAGUUCAAUUCAAUUCCAAAAAGUUGUCGUCACACCACAAAAUAAAAUCAGGGAGAGCUGUCCCAUGGUCCGACACUGGACCCUGGAGGAGAGACAACAAGGCUGUGUCAUCAGACAAUUUUACCAGGUAGCUGCCCUCCUGAGAGCUCCUGCAAGCAUCAGUAUACAUAAUGAAGAGGAGGGGGGAAAGGACACACCCUUGUGGUGAGCCAGUGGAAAUGGUUAAGGAGUCAGAUAAAUGGCCAUUUACAGACACCCUCUGAGUUCUGUCAGUCAGAAAGUCCAUCAUCCACAGCACAAGCUGAUGAGGCAGUUUAAAAUCACAGAUCAUUCUUUCUAUUAAAAGGUGAGGCUGCAUGGUAUUAAAAGCUGAAGAAAAAUCAGCAAACAAGAACCAAGCAUGAGCUUGUGGCUUUUCUAAAUGUUUAUACAAACUAUUCAAGAUAACAAGUUUUGCAUCCUCCACACCUCUCCCUGCCUGGUAGGCAAACUGAAGUGGAUCAAGGUUAUCCUCCACUGUUGAGAGAACAAGGUUCUUUACCAUUUUUUCAAAGGUCUUCAUAAUUAAUGAGGUAAAUGCAACCGGUCUAAAAUGAUUUAGUUGCCUCGGACUAGUGAUCUUUGGAAUAGGCACCACUGUGGAAGAUUUCCAGAUGGCAGGAAUAAAGUGACAGUCCAAUGACAACUGGAAGAUGUGGUGGAGAACACUGCUAAGCUGGUCAGCACAAUAACAUAAUGUGCGUCCACAAACUUGAUCUGGACCGGGGGCCUUCCUCAUGUUAAUGUUUUGAAGAUGAACUCUUACACAUUCUUCAGAUAUGACAAUAUUGCCUUUCCGAAAGGAGAGAUUCUUUGAGGAGGGGCUUAUUUGCAGAAAAAUCCUGUGUAUCAAAACGGCAGAAGAAGUCGUUAAGAACAUCUGGAAGGUCUACAUCAUUUAUUCCUUCAAUUUUAAAAGGUUUCUUGUCAGUGUCACUGAUUUCCUGAUUUAAAGAGGACAUAGACUUUAAAUCUGCUCGCAGAUCACAGGAGUUUGUUAACAGGAGGACGUCGGCGUGCUGUGUAAAUGCUGUCAAAGCUAAACAUACUGUAAAGUUAUGCCUGAGCACAUGAAGCUGCUCUGUCUUAUUUUGCUAAUGUUACCUUGU